AUGAGUCACGAGCACGACACUUGGAAACAAUCACUUCAAUUGCCAGCAAAGGAUAUCCGUCCCCAAACAGAGGAUGUCACUGCUACCAAAGGCAAUGAGUUUGAGGAUUACUUUUUAAAGCGCGAGCUCUUGAUGGGCAUCUUUGAAGCUGGAUUCGAACGACCUUCACCUAUUCAAGAAGAGGCUAUUCCUAUUGCAUUGACGGGUCGAGAUAUUCUUGCACGAGCCAAGAACGGCACUGGCAAGACGGCUGCCUUUAUUAUCCCCACGCUCGAGAAGAUCAACAACAAGAAGCCCAAGAUCCAAGCAUUGAUUGUUGUCCCGACUCGUGAAUUGGCUUUGCAAACAUCCCAAGUGUGCAAGACGUUGGGUAAGCAUUUGGGUAUCCAGGUCAUGGUAUCCACGGGUGGUACGACGCUCAAGGAUGAUAUUAUGCGUCUUGGCGAGACCGUCCAUAUCGUCGUGGGUACUCCAGGUCGUAUUCUUGAUCUUGGUUCUCGUGGUAUUGCCGAUUUCAGCGAAGCCAAUACCUUUGUCAUGGAUGAAGCCGAUAAGCUCUUGUCGCCCGAGUUUGCUCCCGUCAUUGAUCGUCUCUUGAAGCUCUUUCCACGCGAUCGCCAAAUCAUGCUCUUCAGCGCCACUUUUCCCAUGAUGGUCAAGACCUUCAAGGACAAGCAUCUCAACAAGCCCUACGAGAUCAACUUGAUGGAGGAACUUACUUUGCGUGGUAUCACCCAGUUUUAUGCCUAUGUGGAGGAAAGGCAAAAGGUCCACUGCUUGAAUACGCUAUUUUCAAAGUUGCAAAUCAAUCAAUCCAUCAUCUUCUGUAACUCGACUCAACGUGUGGAAUUGCUUGCCAAAAAGAUUACGGAUCUCGGAUAUUCAUGUUUUUAUUCGCAUGCCAAAAUGCUGCAAAGCCAUCGCAACCGUGUAUUCCAUGAUUUUAGAAAUGGUGUAUGUCGUAACUUGGUCUGUUCAGAUCUUUUGACCCGUGGUAUCGAUAUUCAAGCGGUGAAUGUGGUCAUCAACUUUGAUUUCCCCAAGAAUGCAGAGACUUAUCUCCAUCGUAUUGGUCGUUCGGGACGCUAUGGUCACUUUGGCUUGGCUAUCAACUUGAUUACAUAUGAGGAUCGAUUUAAUCUUUACAAGAUUGAGCGUGAAUUGGGCACUCAGAUUGCUCCUAUCCCUGCAACCAUCGACAAGCGACUCUAUGUGGCACCCAAUGCCUUGGAUUCAGCACAAAUUCAAAUGCCCAACCGUGAAGUAGCAAUGGCAACCCGGCAACAGCAGCAGGAACAGUUGCAACGUGGGGGACAACAACAACAUCACCAACAACAACAACAACAGAACCGAAGAGCAUACUGA